AUGGCCAUCCCUCGCACUCCUGUCAAGAGCGGGCAAGAGCUAUAUCAAUUGAUCGAAACCCUCAACGAACAAUUUCAUCUUGAAAUUCCCAAUCCUCGAAUCUAUUCGCCGUCAGUUGGCCGCAAUGAGCAGACUCCUCGAUGGCGCACGUAUAAAGGCCUCAAACGGCUCUACUUCAACCGCGAGGUUGACCUUGGCCGGAUCUUGAACGAUUUUGAGGAAUGGGUCCAUUCUCGCUCGACUUCGCAUUUGGAUACGCGCAGUGGCGUGGGCCGUAUAUCGCAGAGCCGUUCAGCCUUGUCAAGGAGAGACCAAUUGGUGGUUGCGGAUCCCACCGUCAUUUCUACGCAUGAGAAGGACGAGCGCCUUGCGUAUCUGCUGAAGCUCGUGGAUGACGAGAUAUACUUGCUGAGCAGAGGCUCGGUCCGCGCCUAUGCAGAUGGCAGUCGUAUGGAAAUCUCACCAAGCACGGUGUUCAGGCCGCUUAAGAGAAGAAUUCCUGAAGAAGAGGAGGAGGAUGACGAAGAGUAUCACACCGCUCCCAACUCACCGGUGAAGAACCCCAACGCUCAAAAGCACGCCCCUGUGGAUGGCGAUGAGCUUGAGUCCCUUGCUAUUGGCAGGGACAAUUGGAACACUGGUUCCUCGCUAAUGGUCAACGAGUCCGUUCAUGUCUUUAAGACCCCUAUGGUAGUGGAUAGAGGGAAAGAAGCAUCCCGAUUUCUCGAAAAGCUUACCGCUCCAGACAAUGUUCGGCGAUACGACACGGCUCCUAGUGCGCAUGCAGGGCUGAAUUUUACCUUCUCCACUGUCGCCACGUCCUUUGGCCGUGAAUCCCGGCGCCAGCUUGAUACUUCCUUCACCUCGACGGUUACCGAAGCCACUGAGCCCAUGUUAGACUCUAAUUCUAUGUACGAAGACUCAGUCGUGGGGCAUUUGAUCGGCCACGAGAUGAACGUGACCAUGGAUGAUGCAGGAACGGUGACUGAAAUGCCUCCCGAAGACGCCCCUCAUUCGAUUGAGGGACGAAUCAGGGAACAGCUCCUGCACAGUGGGCCGUUCUCACUAGAGCAACCCUUUCCAAAGUCGAUUCCUCUGCGAUAUCGGUACGAGCUGGAACGGGUUGGUAGAGCAUGGGAUGUGCCUUUGGACCGCAUGCUAGUUGGGAGCAGCAUGUCCUUCAAGUCAUACGGUGAGUUCUGGAAGUGGAUUGAAGGCCAUAAUCAGCGAUGUGGGAAGCCACUUCCAGAAAAGUCGACCAGCAAAGCAUGGGAAGCGGCUACUGGUUCAUUCAAGACGGAUAAGCACUCGGAGGUCGUAAUCCUUACAGGCGCCUUGGACUGGUGCAGUGAGUCGGAACCGGGCAUCCUCAGAUUCAGAUUGAAUCCCCUCAAGACGGAGCGAACCUGCCGGUUCCGCCGACGCUUUGGCUCCGAUCGAUUUCUCAGCUUGACAAUGCCUGCGCCGGCCCGGCCACCGCGCCAUCUACGCUUCAACUCGCAUCCAACACUUUUGCGCGAGAGUCUAGCACUGUGGCUCACCCAGCAUGUCCAUCGAUGCCUGGGUAGGACAUGGCGGCCCUUCUACGUGGAAGAGGUCAAGACAAAGCGUAAAGUCAAGAAGACAGAGCCAAGGUUCAGAGUGGAGUUCUUUGCGAUCGAUGGUGUCGAUUUUGUACACAGCCUGGGCACGAUGCCAUCCGUUGCUCCUCAGGGUCAAGAGAGCGAUAGUCAUACACCGAUGAGUCUGGAAGCGCUGAUGGACUGGCACAUACCCCUGGAAGCCAAUGUGAACCAGUCCAAUUGCAAACUGUUUCAGCGGAUCUCGCUAGGACUGUCCAAAACUUAUGCUACAAUUACCUUGAAGCCAUGGCAGAUCUUGCAUCUCAAAGAUGUACCGAACCGUCUAGUCAUGAACGAUGGCUGCGCUCUCAUGUCUAGAGGUUUAGCUAAUGCAAUCUGCGAUCAGUUAGGUAUCACUGGAAACACCCCUAGCGCUUUUCAGGGAAGGAUUGCGGGUGCUAAAGGGCUAUGGAUGGUGGACCGCCACAACUCUGACAUUGCUGUAAGGGGUGAUGAUUUCUGGAUUCAGAUAUCAGAUUCCCAGUUGAAGAUCCAGCCGCAUCCACAAGCUUGGCGGGAACCGGUCGAUGAUGAGAAACUCGCAUUUGAGGUGGUCAAAUGGUCUAAACCCUUGCACCCGGUGGAACUGAACACCCAGUUGCUUGCCAUUCUGGAGCACGGUGGACAGAUCAGGGAGUAUAUUGCCGUGCUCACCCGAGCUGGCAUUAGGGCGAUUUCUCAAGACUUUGCCAGCGUGCUGGAGUCUAACAGUGCUGUGUUAUGCCGUAGCCUUAUCCAGAAGAUCAAGCCUAUGGCCGACGAUGGCUCAUCGGUGAUGAGCCAGAGGAUGAGACGCCUGGAGCAGUGGACUGCGAACGAUGCGGAGGCCAUCAUCAGGCUUACCGAAGCUGGGUUCGCUCCACGGAGUUUCUACCCCUUACGCAAGCGGCUGGGAAGAUGUCUGAGAGACUUGCUUGACAGAUAUGUGGAUGAGUUGCAUAUCGAAGUCCCGCUUUCCACUUAUGCCUUCUGCAUUGCAGACCCGUACGGAGUUCUGAAAGAGCACGAGGUACAUUUUGGGUUUUCGAACAACUGGCGCGAUGCCCGGGGGCAAUUCGAGGACAAUCUCCUUGACGGCAUGGACGUUCUGGUCGGUCGUCUCCCUGCUCACGUGGCCUCCGAUAUCCAGCGUCGACGGGCCGUGUGGAAACCGGAGCUUCGGCACUUCAAGGAUGUCAUCGUCUUUCCCACUACGGGUGACGUUCCACUGGCACAUAUGCUGUCUGGUGGUGACUACGAUGGAGAUACACCGUGGAUAUGCUGGGACCAGAACAUUGUGCAGCGCUUUCAGAAUUCCGACCUGCCUACGAAGGAGUUCCCGCCGGAGCAUUUUGGACUCACCAAACAUUCGGUGCCCAUGAGGGACAUACAGUCGACGGACGAGUUUCUUCAGAGUGCCUUUACCUUUAACCUGACGACCUCGAAUCUAGGCCGAUGCACCGUUGAGCAUGAGAAGGUGGCAUACGACGAGUCGAUUGACUCGGCCAAAGCCAAGGAGCUGGCCUGUCUGCUCAGCCAUCUGGUCGACGGCCGCAAAGGAGGGGUGCACCUGUCAGAGCAGGCCUGGCAGCAAUACCGGAAGAAGAUCAGCCCCAAGGCUCGAGAGGUUCCCGCGUAUAAGAACGCGGGACGCAAACACAAGAAAACCAACAUCAUAGACUACCUCAAAUUCGAGGUAGCCCGUAAGGAGCGACAUGCAGCGCUGGAAGAUCUGCAGCGAGCGUUUCCGGAGAAUGACAGUGUGUACGAUCGAGAUGAGGAUCUCGUCCGUCCGUGGAACGAGGCCCAGCGGGAAGCAGAGAUCGAGAAGCAAGGGGAAAGCGAGCACGGGCAGCUCCGUGCUGCGCUCAAGUAUGCCCAGCGGGAGGUUGAAAGACUCUACAGCCAAUGGAUCAGCUCUAUUUCAGGGGAGAACUCCUUCUCGCCCCUUGCGCGCGAGGCGGCAGAGGAAGCGCGGCAGAUCCCUCCACCGUCCCUUGGGGACCAUCCGAUGAUCCAUAUGUGGCGACAUAGCAAGGAUGAAUGGCUUCGGCUGUUGGCCUCGUACACGUACCGGAAGCAUAGCCAUGCCAGUUUCACAAUCCAUGCCUUUGGCGAGAUCCUCUGCCAGAUCAAGGCAGGCAACUUGCCGUCCCGGUCGGUGACCAAUGAAAUUCUGGCUUGCUACCGGGUCAAUCACAAGGCGAUCAGCCAGCUUACGGCGAAGGAUGCUGUUGAUGAGGAGUCCGAUGAUGAAGACGAAUAUGAAGGAGAAGAUGCUGUGGAAGCGAUGCUGUAUGGGAUGAUGCCUGGUGCAUAUGAGGACGCCGAGGAGGACGGGAUUUCUGUGGAGUGA